GAAAUUGAUGUGUUUGCUGCGCCCAACAAGAUAGGACGGAAUUCUAUAAAGCUACGUGAUUGUGCAAAUUGCUUGUUGGUGGUCACAUAUCACAUAGGACAAACGUUACUUAUCGCAACAACAAUGAGUCAACAGGUAGGAAGUGGUCAGGGAAUAUCCUUCACUGCUUUGCGACGCCGACGGAAGGAGAAGCUAGAGGAAGCUGUUAAGCGGAUGAGCACUUCCAAAGGAGUUUUUGGCGUAAUGGUCACCACAGAGAAUUGGAACGUCAUCGAAUCUACUUUUCACCAUAAUCUGACAUAUUACUGGAAGCGUCAAAUGAAGAUUGUGGAAGGCCUGGCCAUUGCCGCCAUACGCGACACGGAUCCCAGCAAUGAACUCAAUUUCCUUCGAGUUCAGAGCAGCAAGUUUGAAAUCCUGUUGUCAAUUGCUACUGACCACCGCGUUCUGGUCGUUUUCAACAGCACGGGAAAGGACCCCCUCAAAGGGUGCGUACAGGCCGUGAAGCAGAUGAAGCGGAACAAAAUGGAGCGGCGGAAGCAUGGCAAAGGGCUCAGAAUGGUGAUGGACUCCUGCCGUCCCCAUGUCACCAACAUCGUCGGGGGGAAGGAAAAAGUGGUCAUCACCGAAAAGAUUGGGCGCAAAGUGAUGGACCAAAGAGAUGACGUCAAUAAUCAAACCUAGUUCAUUCCGAAUAGUUCUGAUGCCAGGAAAUUCUACACAACUUCAUAGUAUCUACAUAGAUAGAGCAUGAACAGGAGCAUGUAUAUGCAUUUGAGAAUAGUAAACUUUCUUUCCUAUUCAUGCUCUAUUAUCCAAAAAUGUUGUUUGCACCACACCUAGAAUUAUAAUUUAAGGCGCAUGAUAUAUCUCUAAACUUACCAACACCAUGUAAAAUGCAAAAAAGUUCUAUCAUUUGUCGGGUCAUCGCAUGGUAUAUCUGCUGCUCAACAAUCAACCCCAACAUCAUGUUCCAUACUAGCAUUUGGACCACUAAUGCAAAUAAUAACUCACUGUUCUAUAAUUAAGGUCGAAUGUCAAAUGUUGGUGCAGUUUUAAAUAUAAUUCACAAGUUGUGAAUAACAGUGUUAGCAUUCAGCAAAUUCAACGUUCGUCUCAAUGCAUGCAUAGCGCGUCUCCCAAAUUUGUUGUUCCCGAUUCGUGGCUCGAUCGACCCGAAAUCGGUGGUUGCUUGCAUCGUCUUUUUUUUACAUCACCCUCACCGACCGCCACUCUCGAGGCGAGGACUGAUAAAUACAUAUAGGCUUACUUAAAGAUAGCUUUUUGUAGUUAUUUCAAAAUUGUAGUUUAAAGUUCAUCAUCUUACUAAAUAUUAUAGUUGAUAUUUUUUAAAACCCAAACUCCCUGCUUAUCGACCUUCUGUUUGACAUAAGAUUGAGACCUAUUGAAACUGAUAAUAAUUGAUUUUGUGUUAUUAUAUGUACAGGAUUAGGAAGGCUACAUUUUAUUUGUUAUUCUUGUAAUUUAUAAUACUCAUCAGUUAGUGUUUUUGUUUUUAACCUUACUACCAGUAAAAUAUAACGUAAGUUAUCGAUAACACAUAUGAAAGUUUUUAAAACUUUGCAAGAAUUUAAACUUGAAAAGUUUCAAUUAGUCAAUUUUUCUAUAAAUAGCAGUACGUACAUGGUAGUGAAAGUAAUGUAGUUCGAUACGUCAACGCUACUAAAAAUAUAUCAUUUGAUGUCAGUAUUUCAAAUAUUGAUACUCGUCUUAGAUAGAGCAUAGAGAGAAGCGUUAAUUAUUUAUAUGACUAUAUAUCUCGAUGUUAUUGUUAUCUCAUCACCGGUCAAUAUAGGCAGACGGUUGACGGUGUGAUAUUUUAAUCAAUCUCAAACUAGAAUUGUGUUUAUCUAAAGGUAUGUGAGAUUACAAACAACCGUAGAUCAAAAUUAAAAAGUUUUAAUAAUUAGUAUGCUUAACCUAUAUAGGUUAAAUAGGCGAGGUGAUUUUCAGUGCUAACUGCAGGAAAAAAA